AUGUUUGCUCGUAUAUCCAUAUUUCUCGUGUUCUUCUGGCCAUCGCUAUGCUCGCCGGUAAUCCGCGUAACCAAUGGUACAGCUGUUGACCAAGGCCAGGCGCCAUUCUUUGUUCGCAUCAUUGCGCUCUCAGAGAGAUCGGCAGAGCUGUGUGGUGGAACAAUAAUCGACCAAACCACUGUCAUCACUGCCGCGCACUGCGUAAUGCCGCCUCGUGAUCCAAUCCUUCACCAGGCAAGUGCCAUUGAGAUAUAUUACGGGAAUGUCAACACCAAGCAGCAGAGCCUAACACAUGCAACUGCGGUGUAUGUGCAUCCUGACUACAACACAUUCACACUGGAAAACGACAUUGCAGUUCUGAAGACCAACCCGUUUGAAUAUGCUGCAGAUGCGGUGCAGCCGGCACCAAUAUACAACGGCGAAUGUCUGGCCACUAUAUCAGAUGGAAAUAUAUGGCUGGGGUCUCAGAGUCACUGGCGGGUCGGCGCAAGACCUCGCACCGUCUCUGUUGACAAACAAGCCAUUGAUGCAAGAUACUCGAGCGCCAAUGGACCGACAAUUUGCGCCAACAACAACUACAACAAGGGCGUUGAUGUAUGUUCUGGCGACUCAGGGCAGGGCACUGUUAUACGUAGGCAUGGCACGGCGUACAUUGCUGGGCUGGUGAGCUAUGGCACUGAUGCAAACGGCAGGCUAACAUGUGGUGAGCCGGGCAGCUUUGGCAUAUACACACACAUAUGGAGAUAUGUGAGCUGGAUCACAACGAUUGCCAACACAACAUACACAGCAGGGCCACUGCCCAGCGUAUUGGUAGCACCUCCAGCCGCUCCAACACCAACCAGAUGUAUUCUAGGCUACUGCUUCUAA